UUCCAACUAAACCCACAUUAUAAACGAGUGUGUGUGUGUAUGUAUGUGUGGCAACUUGUUACUACCUGAACAUACCUACGCUUUAGCACGUGGCAGUACGUUCCUCCACGUGUCAGUUUCUACACCGCAAGCACUUAGCAACUUCCAGAACAAGCUACGCGCACUUGCAAAACUAAGCUAGCUUGUGUAAUAAAGAAGCAAUCACACUAAUUAGGAAAGAUAGUGAGAGAAAAAUGGAUAACUACGACGGAGACACGGUGACCGUUAAGGACGACUACAACAUGGGAUGUACAACGCCGACGCGUGAUGACUGCAGGAUACCAGCAUAUCCGCCGUGUCCGCCUCCAGUGAGAAGGAAGAGAUCGGUACACUUUGGGAAAAGGAAGGAACCGCCGAAGAAUGGAUAUUUUCAGCCGCCGGAUCUAGACUUGUUCUUCUCGGUGGUGGCAGCCUCUAAACGACAACCUAGCUGCGCUUAGAUUGCGAAUCAUCUUUUGACUUUUUUUAUUAUGUUAUAUGUAUGCUAGCUAUAUCGUCGUCCCGUUCCUGGUUUGAUUUUGUAAAUGGGUGCGGGUUUGAUUAAAUACAGCUAUGUUAUGUAUGUUGUAUUAUGUCUCCACGUCAUGGAAGCAUAAGCUUGACGAUUCACAUUAAGUGGUUCAGCUUCUUCUUCUUUUUUUUUUUGUUGUUGUGUGUGAUGUAUAGUGAAUUAGUGAUGUAUGAGUAUGAUGAUACGCAAAACAAUGUUUGUAUGAACUUUUUGUUGAACCAGUGUGGUUGAACUUUUUUAUA